CACAUUUUUCAUUUCAUUCCUUUGCUCUGGAUUGCUCCAGAAAAUGGUCUCUAACUGUGCAGGAUAUUAUAAGCUCGAGUGGAUUGUGUCAUUUGUUAACUUGUGAAAUCUUUAUCAAUACCAAUUGUCUAUUUGCACAUUUAAAAUAAUCAGUCUCAAAAGGUUUUUCUUCAUAAUUUUUCCUCUCGUGUUGUUAUCAAUCUUAAAUGCUGAAGCAAAAAUCUAUCGUUUCAUCUGCAUUUUUUGCCUCGUUGGCAUGUUAUGUCAGUGCAGGAUUCGAAAAAUCAAUGCGGAGUCUCAUAUUUCCACCUGGAAUUGGAAAUAAAAUUCAGUUUUUGACAGGUUUCGGUAUUCCAGUGUCAGAUCUCCCUGAACCAUACAGCAUUACGUAUGGCUACGUCAUUAAAACCAGCAUCGAUAUUCUCAAUAAUGUUUCUGUCUUCCAUGAUCCUUACGUAGAAUAUCAAAAAAGCCAUCAACCAUCAAGAUGGGAUAUUUACGAGCUGAUUCAGAAAGUGAUCGAUGGUCUAGGUUACAAUGGCCGAGAAUGCUUGCUUCGCUUGAUUUGUGAGACUGCCUCCACCCUCUUCGUUAAAGACAAUUUGGUCUCGGAAAUACUUCACGUUUUGUUGACACCGUCUUUCACGAAAGAUUGGACUCCCGUUUCACUUCAAGAAAAGGAAUUUUAUAAAGCUGAGCAGUUAGGCAGAACAAAGCUGAAGACUUGCUUUUAUCAUUUUCGAAAAUGCAAACUCAGUCUCUUGGAUAUGUUUUCCGAGGUUGCUUACGAGUCCAGAGAGCAUUUUCUGUACAAUAUGUAAUAUCAAAGUGACAGGUAAGCCCAGGGCCGUAGUUCCAGGAAAGCAGUGGCGAUUCUUCAAGGUUGGCGACACUGGUUUUCCUUUUCAGCAUUAUUCCAAAAGGAUUAGUCCCUUUUUGCAAAAUGGACUUAAUUCUAUCAAACGGAACUAAGCGUCAUAUGGGGAGGAAGGGAGAGGGGGCUUGGAUUGGCGGGUGUUGCGGAGCGCGAUACUCGUUCCCUCCUAUAAUGACGCUUAGUUCCGUUUGACAGAACGCGCUAUCCAGAAUUCUAAAAUCCUCAAAAGAAACUCAAUUUCGCGCUUAUUUCCGUUUAACAGAAAUACGUCCAAAUGAAUGUCUAGCCAUGCUUAAUACUUUCUUCAAACCAAAAAUAAUGACAAAUGUAAAAAUCGGCUGCGUAAUUUACAUAUUUUAAAAACCCAAAGUCUGCAUUUCCCUAUGCGCACAACCUGAUGGCAUUAGGAAUAUUAACGCAUUUUAAAGCCACUGUCCCCGUUUAAUUACCCUCCCCCUCUUUCUUCCUAUUGUUUUGCCACCGCCACGUUUUGAAUGUUGCCCCUUUAAGUUUGCAACAGCAUCUACGGCCUUGAAAAGUGCUUUAUCGACUGAGCAAUGCUAAAUAUAAGGUAUAUUGCUGAUAUUUUUUAAAGGACUAAUGUUCUACACAAUAAAACACAAUACUGUUCAAAA